AUGAUAUCAGUAGCAUUUCAUGGAACAAGAGCAUAUCUUAUAGACAAAAGUCUUAUACCAAUAGUUUUGUUAUGGUUAGACCCAGUUGUUGGAUAUAACUUCAUAACAUAUGGUUCAUUCGAUACGGAACGUUGCAGUGAAGGCUUAGUUUAUAUCGUUCAGAAACCGAAGGACUUCAACACAAAAAGAUAUAAGAUAGGAAGGACAUAUAAUAUAACUCAAAGAUAUGACAGUACAGUCAAUAGAGUCAAGGUUGUGUUUGUUAAUGAUAUGAGAGCUGCUGAAACAGAACUGCUUGAAGUUUUUGAGAAAAUGUAUGGUGCUCCCACGAAAGGUAAAGAAACGUUUGAAGUAGAUGAGAUAGAUAAAGCUAUAAAAUUAUUUGACAAAGUUGCUGAAAAAUACAUGUAA